AAAGAAUUUGUAGAAAAAGAGGAGGAUAAUUGUGCGGAACUCUUUUUGGCCCAGAUGGUUGCAGCAUGUCGAGGCGCAAGCAAGCCAAACCGCAGCAUAUCAACUCGGACGAGCCUGGGUCCGCACAAAAUGGCAUUCUACGAGAUGAUCCAGAGCAGCAGACGGAGGGAGAAGUGAAAAAGUUCCGAAUGGACCAGACUCGGAUCUGCAACAAGUGCUGUGCCGAAUUCUUCGAUGAAUUUGAAUUUUUGGAACACGAAAAGAACUGUACCAAAACCCAGAAAGUGCUCAUUAUGAGAGAGGGUUAUUGCAGUGAGGUAACAGAGGAAUAUUUGCAAGGUUCUCCCGAAGACCCCGCCAGUGACCAUGACGAUAGCCGGUCCAGCAGCCAUUCCGGAGCUGGCGCCAACGCUAACCAACUGGAAAAAACUGAAGAUGAGUCCAACGCGCACAUGGAGGACCACGAAGAUAUGGCUGCCAGUCCCGAGACACACUUCCAACCUUCCCCUGAGAUGCAGGAUCCAAACAAUUCUGGGGCCGUGACUACUGACUCUCAAAUUUCCAUCUUCCAGACUUCUUCAAAUCCAUCAGCUCUAUCAUCGCAGGAGGCAUUACAGGUCAUCCCCAUGAUCUUGGAACAGUUGGUGUGCCUCCAGCAGCAGCAGCUACAGCAAAUCCAGAUCACAGAACAGAUCCGAAUCCAAGUGGCCAUGAUGACUCCGCAGGGUCUGCGCUCAUCAGUGGGGGCGGCCAUGGACCCCCUGAAAGCCCUCGGCGCACAUCUCUCCCAACAGCUGUCUGCUGCAGCGGCUUUGAUAGGAAAAAGGACCGGCAGUCAGAACCUGUCAACGGAGGCGGUCAAGCAGGGUAAACCCUCUCUUCCCGCCGGCAUCCCGACCUCCGUACCGGCAGGACUGAGCGCAAUGACCUCUAAGAUGGACAUUUUGAAGGGCAUUCCUGAUCUGGCUAGUCGUUUACCAGCCCUUGUCACGGAGUCACCGGGUGUUGUCGGUUUCCCGGGCACCUUCGGUGCGAUCCAAACAGGGAUCGACUCGAAAAAAGCCAAGGGAAAGCUGCUGAAUGUUCCAAUCGAGUCAAAGAAUGGAGACUUGUUAUAUAAGCACAAGUGCAAGUACUGUGGAAAGACCUUCGGCAAUGACAGCGCUCUCCAGAUUCACCUGCGUUCGCACACUGGAGAGAGGCCCUUCAAAUGCAACAUCUGCGGAAACCGCUUCACAACCAAAGGGAACCUCAAGGUGCAUUUCCAAAGGCACAGGGACAAGUAUCCCAACAUCACCAUGAACCCUCAUCCAGUUCCCGAACACCUUGACAGCAUUCCCACCAGCACCGGAAUUCCCUUUGGAAUGUCGGUCCCCAUGGAAGAGUCCAAUGAGAUCAAGCCGAUACUUGGUCAUCCCGCUGCAGGGUUCCAUUCUUCGUCACUCUCUGGAUUCAAGACGUUUGAUGGCUUUGGAGGUGGUGACCCAUUUUCCCAGAGACCCUCGCCAUCAACAAGCGAUGGCUCCCCGUCUGUUUCCUCAAAUAUCUUUGGCCAAGAGACCAGUAUGGAUCACACCCAGAAGGAUGCCAAGGACCUCCUGGGAACAUUGCAUCACAUGAAUGGAAAUGCCUUGUCUGGAGAGCAAAGUUCUGGCACCGCAAAGCUCCAGCAGAUGGUGGACGGCUUGGAGAAGAAGACAAACGACCCCAACGAGUGUGUCAUCUGUCACAGAAUUCUCAGCUGCCAGAGCUCGCUUAAGAUGCAUUACCGCACACACACCGGGGAGAGACCGUACAAAUGCAAGAUCUGCGGCCGUGCUUUCUCUACCAAAGGCAACCUAAAGGCCCAUUACGGGGUGCACAGGGCCAACACUCCUCUUAAAAUGCAGCACUCCUGUCCCAUCUGCCAGAAGAAGUUCACCAACGCGGUGGUUCUGCAGCAGCACAUUCGCAUGCACAUGGGCGGCCAAAUUCCCAACACCCCAGUGGCGGAAACCCACUUUGAGGCCAACGACACAAUCGAGUCCUCUCCACCGGAAGAAAAGUCUGCGGACCUCAAUGGUUUUGCUGCAAACAUGGAAACUCGAGAACCUGAGGUGAGCUCUCAGAAGCCACUUGACAAUUCUGACUCUGUCCCAUCUGCCGCUGAAGACCAGAAGCAUCCUGGCCCCUCUGUGUUUUCCAGCCUUGAUGUUUUGAAGAAUCUCACCUCUGCUCUUGCACUAAAACGACAGGGUAGCACUCCAUCUGAGAGCGAGGGGACACCCAAAGAAUCGCCAUCUGCUCCCAGAGAGCAGGAAUAUCAGAACGACCGCAGUCCAGGCAUUUCUGAUUCUGCCAUGUCAUUUCAUUCCACCUCUCCCGUCAACAACACUAGUGGCCUCAAGUCUCCGGAAUCUGCUACAGAAGAGUUUGCUCGUAAUGGAUACAAACCGGACCUUGAAGGGGCGAAUCAAGACGGAAGUGAAUCCAGUGGAGCCCUCGACCUCACAGCUUCGAGCAGCUUUACCCCAAAAGCUAUCAAAGAGGAGCCUAGUGUGCCAUUCACAAGUGGAGAAUAUGCUGCCAGUAGUAUGUCUUUCAUGAGGAUCCCGUCGAGUCUGGAGAUGAAGAUUCCUCAAGAGAGCCCAUUGGGCACCCAUGGUUUGUUUGCAGCUCAAAUGCCCCCAGGAGCAGCAGUACCAUCGCCCAGUCCCACGGCACCGCGUCGGUCCUCCAAGCAGCAUGUUUGUAACGUCUGCGGGAAGAACUUCUCGUCUGCCAGCGCCUUGCAGAUUCAUGAGCGCACGCACACUGGGGAGAAGCCUUUCGCCUGCAACGUCUGCGGCCGGGCAUUCACCACUAAAGGAAAUCUAAAGGUACACAUUGGUACUCACAUGUGGAACAACUCCUCGAGACGUGGUCAGCGUCUAUCCCUGGAUAAUCCCAUGGCUCUUAUGGCAAUGAGCUCUGAGCCAAAGAUGUUACCAGAAAUCUUGCAAGCCCCCAAAGAACUUGCUGCUCCACCCAUGAACUUUGACCCAUCCAUGUGGAACCAGUACACCACAACCUAUAGCGGGGGUCUGACCAUGAAGGCCAAUGAGAUCUCAGUCAUCCAGGGAGGAGGCAUCCCCCUCCCCGGGAGCCCUGCUGGCAGCGCCCCGCUGAUUGGAUCCACUGGAGGCCUCAUGAAGAUGGACGGGUCUCACUCUGGCUUGCCUGCCUCCAUGGCUGAGAUAGAGAAGAACAGCUCUGACAGUGUACCAAAAUCCCAGUUUCCACAUUUCAUGGAGGAGGGGAAAAUUGCGGUCAAUUAAUCGCUUGAACUUUCAGCCUGAAUCUCUUCUUGCAACUGAGGUACAAUCGUGGAAUGCAGAAAAGGUCUUUUCCCAGUAAUCUGUUCACAUCACUCAUUAGAUUGAUUCUAUAGCAUUGCUUUUUAGUUGAUUUAAUGUAACUACUGUAGUUGUAUUUUAUGUGAAUUAUAUACGGGUAUUUUUUUUUUGCUGUUUAUUCAAACGUUUGAAUGUACAACAUUACUUGAAACUCUGCUUUAACUCCAACUGUCUCCUUUAAAAAAAAAAAAAAAAAAAAAAAAAAAAAACUUGGUGGAACCCUUGAAGUAGAAAUCCUUCAAGGGUUUGACAUUUAAGGUUUAAUGUAAAAAAAAAAAAAAAAGAAGCAGUCACACUAUAACGAUUAAAGGCUUUGUUGCUAAGUAAAAUAAAACUUGGUAAAAACAUAUUUGACUCUUAAAAAAAACUAUUUUGGAACACAACACCAGCUUAAAAUUGUCACCCAUUUUGGAAAUCAUUUUCUAUCUGCAAAGAUAAAAUGAUUGAUAGCACAGAAGAAUGUUUAUCAAUCAAAUGAUUCCUUUGAAGCCAGGAUGGACCCAAUCUGGCAAAACACUUUUAAGCUUCUAGUGUAACCGACUUAUUAUCCACCCAUUAAAACUGACGUGAUUUCGGGACUAAUAUUUCAAAAUGAAAACUGCAGUCUUUCCAUGAGAAAUGUCAAGAAACAAAGUAGUUGGACAUUUUCGCUUUUAGCGCUUUGGCAGUUAACCAUCUCGACUACUUACAAAUGACUACUUUCCUUCUUAUUGUGUGCCAUCCAUUUCUGACAUUGUAUGUUUUUGUAAUGUAGUUUUUCAAAUCGAAGUGACAUUUGGACAGGUUAGUUUUGAAUUUGAAUGAUGACUCAUGGUUCUACUUGCCAAGUGCCUAACUUGAAUCGUGUGUGUUGCUGUUGUCUUUCAAUGCACCAGAGGGUUAAUUUAAAGGCUUUGGUAUCAAUGAUGAUUUGUACAUGUUGCAUUGCUUGUGUAUCAGAUUGACCUCCAGAACUCUCUCUGCUGCCUUUGUGUUUUCUUGUAAGGCGGUCAUAUUUAGUUGGCUGAGAUCCAAAUGCAGAAUAUUGUCCAGCCUGCACUUUAUUUGAGGUUUAUACGGUCACAGUUAUUGUUGCAUCUCAGUCCCACUGCGUAAUGCUGUCUUAGCAGGACAAAGGGCAAAAUUACAAUUUUGUCUCAAGAGGUUUGCCAGUGCUCCGAUUGAAUGGUCUUCAAAUUGUAGCAUUUUAAUUUAUUUAUAAUACACAAGGCUUGAGUUUCGGGGGUGAGUUCUACCUCAUUUAGAUUUUAGUUCGCCACACCGCCCUUUCCUCAAUGUUAACUGUACAUUUCUCCCCCAAUACAUUCUUGAGUGCAUAUAUUUUAUUUUCUACUCUAAAUCUGCUGUGUUGAACUCCAAUGAAUGUAUCACAGGACACUUUACACAAGUCAGAAUGCCCCUGCUGUACAUUCCUUAGUAAUUAUGCAUUUGCCAAGUUGUGCCUUUUUGUGUUCGCGAGCCUUGUCAAAAACUGCUUUUCGAAGAUGUCUCUACAAUUCAAUGUUGAGCCAGUGUGGCCUGUUUACAAGUGGACAUUGAUUUGAUGUUUUUUUUUUCACCAAAUAUUUCCUUCAACUAUGUUUGCUGGUUUUGAAAAAUAAA